AUGGCUACAUAUCAUAAUGUUCGUCGUGCUGUAGCAUCAAAAGUAUCGCAAAAAGCUGUAGGUACUGGUAAUCCACGUAAUAAUCAACAUAAACGACAAUUCUUAUUAGAAAAAUUAAGUUUAAUGGAUAAAAAGAUGUUAGGUAUAUGUAAAACUGAUAAAAAUGAAACAGAGCUCAAUUGUUAUUUAUGCUUUAUUUUGGAAACACCGCCAUCAUCCAAAACUCAUAAUCGUACAUCAAUUGAAACUGAUACAGCACCAUCAUUAAUUCCUACAAGAAUAGGUACCAUAGAUGAAAAAAUAUUGAAUACACAAUUUUUUUUACCACUAUUAGUUGUACAGAACCAGGAAUGGAGAGAAACAUUUGACUCGUUUUUUGAAUCUCCAAUAUCAGCAUGUCGCUAUCCAUCAUUAACAGUUGAUAAAAAAACAUUAAUUCGUGAUCAAACUAAAAAUACAAUAAAACAAGUUUAUGAUAUUGAUAUAUUAGAUGUUUAUUUUCAAACAUUAUUAACAUCAUUAUCAACAUAUUAUUCACAAAAGGAUAUAAAUUAUAAUGAUAAAUUAUCAGAAUAUAUAUGGAUUUUAUUACGUACAAUACGUUAUAUAAUAAUGACAAAAAUGGUAAAUGAAAAAAUUUCCACAGAACAUCAGUUGAAUGAAACUAUAGGACAAUUACAUGAAUUAAUUCGAAAUCGUGAUAAGUCAAUUAAUGAUGCAGCCAAAUAUAAAAAGUUUAUAUCCAAACUACAUCCAUCAGAUUAUUAUUAUUGUUUAUAUAAUUUAAUGAUUUUAUAUCCAGAAGAUGUUCAUAAAUCAAAUCUGAUGCAAAUGGAUACUAUACUUCUAGGCUUAUUAACUCAAUAUGAUUAUUCUAACGGUGCAACAUUGGAUGGGAUAUGUGACCAUUUUUUACGUAUGAUCUUAGAACGUUCAAUGAAAUUUGUGCCUAAAUUAAAUGUUGCUAAUUAUGUCAAUAAAGAUGAAUUAGUUCAAUAUUUACAUGAAAAUGCUGGUGUACGUGUACAAUCAUAUUUACGUUAUUGGUCAUAUGUUGUUCAAGUAAUAAGACAAUUAAUAUUAGAUAGGGAAUAUUCAUUAAAACAAUUUCAAGCAACAUUAACAAUAAUAAAAGAACAAAAUCAACAAAUGAAUGGUUUAUUACCAUUUUGUUUUGAAAUAAAUCCAGAAUGUCAAAAAUAUUUAAAUGAUCAGAUAUUAGCUGAAUAUAUAUUAACAACGGCUAAUUUAAAGGAUAAAAAAUUUAUUGUACUAACAACUAGUAUAUUAUGUACAAAUAAUGAUAAUAAUACACCUAGUUUAGAUCAAGUAUUAACAAAUAAUAUAAAAAGAAUUGAAAAAUUACAAAAUAAAUUAAAAAUAAUGACAUCAACAAUGAAAGAUAAUUCAAUAAAUGAACAAAUAAAUACUACAUUACAAGAACAAGAUGUAACAAAUCAAAAUAUAACACAACAAGAAGAAAAUACUAAUCAAAUAUUGAACGAUAUAACAAGAGACAAUAGUAUAGAACAAAUGCAAAGUACAUUAAUAGAAGAUAAUACAAAACAACAAAAUAUGAUCUGUGAUCAUGAAAAAGAAAAAUAUUUAUUACAAUCUACUACGAUUCAGCAUAAUGUUGAAUCAACAGUAGAACAACAAGAUGAUAACAACAGUAUUACAACUGACAACAAUCAUCAAAAUGUAUGUUAUGAAACAGUUAAUAUUCUGAUUUAUUUAUUAGAUGAAAGUAUUUCUACCGAGUCCCUCUCAUAUUUACAGUCACUUCUACCGCCUUUUCCCAAACUCUUCUUAGAUGAAAGGUCUAUUAAGGAGAUUGCUAUUUAUCAAGUUACAAUUAGUUUCAACUGUUGACGUCAUAAUUUCCCCUGCCUUGAGAUUCGGGGCUAUUUACUCAUCGUGGCCUCAUUCAGACUAUUUUUAUUGUAAAUGAAUGCUUCUUAACGAAAUUUUUAAAAUGCAUUCAUUAUAUAGCGCGCAUCACUUAGAUUAUAUAGUGAUUAUUAGAAAAAGAUUUGUUCCUUAGAUGGCCGAUGAUUACAGUUCAGAAAGUAAAGUUAGGUCAAGCUAAAGUUGACCUAUUUUGAAAAAUCAAUGUCUCGCAUAAAGUUAGUGAAAAAUAUCAAAGCAAUAUGUACAUUUAAAUUCACAUUUUGUGAUCUAUUGACUGACAUUUAUUUCAUUUCUGCAACUCAGCAAGUACAGAUAGCGUACUUCGAAAAUCUAGUAGGAUUUUGUCAAAAGUGCCUACUUUUGACAUCAUAAAUAUUUGCCUAUUCCACAGGUAGCAUCGCGCAUUAGAAGGCCAUCCCCGACCCAGUAUCGUAAAAUCCAGAAUAGAAGGGUACCCUUGUUAGCAACCUGUCGAACAUCUUUUUUUAGUAUUUAUUAUGUAAAAGAAACCGUGGUCUCGGGAAGAAAAGAGUUCUUAUUAAGAAUUAGUUCCAAAAUAAGAUUUAGACUAGCUUUUCGAAAUGGCGAUGGAUGGAAAGGUGUUAGGCAAAACUGUUCGCGAUUGGCAGAAAGAAGCAAGAAAUAUCAUAAAGGCGCUGGGAUACUAGUUGAAUCUAGACAGUGUCUAAAGUUUCAAAUGACCGUAUAAACAUGCGGAAACAGCAAGACUGGAACCCUCGAGGCUACCAUAACCUCAUCUUUACCUUCUCUUACUCACAUAGUCCGAUGGCCGUCUAAAAGCUCUCGGAAAAGAUACAUCACUCAUAGUCCUAACCAGUCUAUUAAAUAGUUGAUCUGUACAGGAGCUGGCUCAUAUCAAAAUAUGAUGGUUUUUUUCUAGAGAAGCGACCAUCGAGAUUUUUACAUAUUCGGAAUCAGCGCGUACGUUGUACGGUGCAAAGAUCUCGUCGGGGUACCGACACUUUUUGGACUCGGAUUCUCCGCUGUGGAUUUUCACGGUAUAUUACACUAUAUUCAACAGUAGACAUCAACGAUGCCGCUUUUUUCCCGUUCUCUUUUAUGUUUCAUUUUUCUUUGCUUUGAUAUUUUUUCUUUCUGUGCACACUACACUAUAGAGACAGAUAUAAAGCAAGAAAUGGAGAAAAGAACAAAUUUUAUCGUUUUAUCGAAAAGAAGGAUUCUACUCACUAUGAAAUUAGUGU